CUACCCAGCCAGUUCAGAUUCUCCCGCAUUACAGGGCAUUAACCCCCCUGUGAACAAGCUUCUUUUUUUAAGUUCACAUAUAUUGAACAAUUUUAGAUUAUUAUUUUUCUGUGAACUUUAACUGUAAAUUUUUUUACAUUUACCUAAAGAGUCUGAAACGUUGAAAUAUUCCUAAUAUGCUGUCAAUUUCAUUUCUGACUCUCUUACUGGUCGCAAUCAACUAUCAUUGCAAAGAGACAUUAUGCGCUCCCACGCUUGAAAACGAUUACCAUCUCACUGACCAUACACUCAUCAAGAUGCCAUCUGAAGCCAGGAGGGAUCCGAUUGGAGAAAUACCAGGCGAAGCACUCAGUCCAGAGGAUUUCCAAAUUGCAGAACUGUUGACUUUGGAGCCGCCUUUCCAAAAUUUAGUGGACGGUAGUUCGAGUGGUCAAAAUGGCCUGUUUGAGGGCGACAUCGUCGGUGUCUUAAAUCAAGAAACGCCUGCUGAUGCUGGUAUUAGUGGUAUUUUGAACAAUGCCGUCGUUGACAUGACCCUUACUUGGCCAUCUGGCACCAUACCUUACGUUCUUUCAGCCUCUUUUGGAAACUCCGAGCGAAUUGUAAUCGCCAAGGCCAUUCUUGAAUUUCACAAGAAGACGUGCAUCCGUUUUGUGCCUCGCACCAAACAGAAUGACUACGUUAAUAUUGUGUCUGCAAAUGGAUGUUACAGCAACGUCGGUCGUGUAGGAGGAGGACAGCAAAUCUCCUUGGGCAAGGGAUGUAUUAGGGUCGGCAUCAUUAUGCACGAAUUAAUGCACGCAGUUGGUUUCUGGCACGAGCAAAGCCGGACAGAUCGUGACGAUUACAUUACAAUUCAUUGGGAAAAUAUUAUUGAAGGGAUGGCAAAUUUAAAUUUCCAGAAACACGACCUAGGCCAAAUCCAAUACCUGGGUGAACCAUACAAUACAGGUUCUAUUAUGCACUACGGAGCUUACGAUUUUGCUAAAGACCGACGUUAUCCGACAAUUACAUCCAAGAAGAAUGACAGCCAACAACUGGGACAAAGAGAAGGCUUUAGCAAUUCGGACAUUUUAAAGUUGAACCGGUUGUACAAAUGUGAAACGAACUCAACCAUUCCACCUACUCCAACAACGGAAUCGCCCAUUCCACCUACUCCAACAACGGAAUCGCCUGAAUGUCUGGACAAACAUGAAUACUGCAAGAUCUGGGCGAAGGAAGGAGAAUGUGAAACAAAUCCUUGGAUGAAGAUUCACUGUCAACAAUCUUGCAACCAAUGUGGUGGGAAUGCGGUGGCUCGUGUUUGGAACGGAGACGGAACCGACAUACGCUGGUCACUCCAGUGUGACUUUAUAGGGCGAAAUUUAAAAAUUCAAAUCAGUCCUGCAAGCCAGUGUGGACCGCUUUGCAAAGCGAAUUAUCCCUGCAGUCACUUUACUUGGACCAAUUUUAAUGGGGGAACUUGUUGGAUGAAAUCUGGCUCAGUGUCCAAAUUUGACGCUGUUUCAAAAACGACGGAUGGAGCGGUUUGUGGAUUUCUUAAGUCAACUGCUAGUCCACCUGCCAGUGCAUGGAACGAUGAAGGAAGCCUAAAAUGGGCAUUAAAUUGCGAUUUUUUAGGUCGAGAUUUGAUGUCAGUAGCGAGUACUGCUGAGACCUGUGGACCAAAAUGUGAAUCAAACCCGCAGUGUAGUCACUUCACCUGGACAAACUAUCAAGGCGGUACUUGCUGGUUAAAAACGAACGGCGCCUCGGACUCUGACGCCGUUGUAAAAAGAGGCGCAAUGUGUGGUUUUAUGUUAAUGUAAUAGUUGUUUUCCUCCCAUUAUUACAUUGAAUAAAGAAAUUUUUGAUCCAGUAGGCUACUUUUAAGUACGAAAUUGGAAAUCAGCAAA